AUGGCGACUCUCGCAGAAAAUCCGAUGCCACCGGCAAACUACGACCAAGAGCUUAACUCCUUCAUCAACUUCGAUCAACUCACAUACACAUCCGACCCCUCCCGAUCAAAGGUCGCCAUGGUUAGCCAACCGUCGGUCGCAAGUACCGAUUUCACAUCCAGCGAUGCCCGCAGUGCUAGCUUCGCUUCGAGCAGCCAGUCUCCUCUCGCUUUCCAGGCCCCGAGCCAUCAAUACGACGAACACAGACAACAGACUGGGUUACCCCCUGGUGCUCUUUCCAUGUCGUAUAACCAGGUUCCGAUGGGGUUCAAUAACGGCCCGGGAUUUCCCGUGAACGCUGAAGUGUAUGCUGGUCACCACCUGAAGCGAGAAGAUGUACCAUUUGAUUUCAAUACCGCACCGGGCCGGAACCCGUCGGAGAUGGAUAUUGAGCCCGAACAGAUGAAUGCUGCGCCAUUUUUCUACCCGGCAAACCCAGGAAACAAGAACCAAUAUGUCGACCCCACCGCUAUCGGAGGCAAUGAGCUGGUUCAGGCUGGUCCAUCCACACAGGUUGGCCGUAUGUACCCGGGUAUGCAUCAGCAGCAGGCUGCGAUGGCGAGGGCCCAACAACAAAAGCAGAGUGAAAUGGUCCGCCAUCAAAUGCAGCAACGUCCGGAUCAAGGACCUGGUGCUCUACCCCAAGCAUGUGGUCUCCGCAAUCCCGAUCCGGUGGUGGAGGAGCGUAUCUCUCGUCUACUGCAGCAAAUGCGAAAGAACGCCAUGGCCAAUGGCGAGGGCUCCCCCACUCCUUCGAAUGGUAUGCCGCAUAUGGCCAAGUCCCGCAAGGAUGAGGCCGACAUGGACGAAGAUGAGCGUCUUCUCGCUAGCGAGGAGGGCAAGAAGCUCAGCAGCAAAGAACGUCGCCAGCUGCGAAACAAAGUCUCCGCCCGCGCUUUCCGAUCUCGUCGUAAGGAAUACAUUGGGCAGCUUGAGAGCGAGGUGGCCGCUAGAACCAAUGAGGCUCACGAGGUCCGCCUCCAAAACCGCGCUCUUUAUGAAGAGAAUGCUCGUUUGAACGACUUGGCUCGGAUGCUCUUGGGAUCCCCUCACUUCUCGAACUUUUUGAACGACAUGGGUGAUACUUUGCCCGCUCAGCCUCAGCAGCAGGUCCAGCAGCAACCUCAGCAACAGCCCCAACCCCAGCAAGCACCCCAGCCUAAUAUGCAGGCCAUUCCCAAGGACAACAGCGCCAACCACGGCCAAGAAUUCCAGAUGCAGCAAACCCCUCAGCCCAACAUGGUAAUGGUUCCCACCACCAUGGGCAUGACCAACGCUGGCUGGAACUCGGGGAUCGACAUGAACUAUAGUAACACCCCUGUGUUUGCUGUCACGGAAGUUCCUGAAGGUCCGGCCCUUAAUGCUGAGCUUCUGUCCGGGAAGUCUUCGUCUUUCGGUAUUCCCCAGAGCUCCAAGAAUGAGGCUCCCGUUGUUGAUAGUCCUACCUUCGAUUCCAGUCCGUCUGACAUUGGUGUUGCCAAUCCCGAUGUCGAGAUUGACGAGUCUGAUCCUGCCUUUGCUCUCUUUAUUGAUACCCCGCCCAUCGGUGCCGGCGCUGCGUUCGAAGGCGUUUCAAGCGAGAAGGCCACCCACUUUGAACUCGUCGUUGACAACUCCGAAAUCAGCACCUCCGCCAAGAGAACCUUUGUCGCCCUCUGCAAUAGCAUUGACGCCGCCUUCGAGCGUGUGUCACUUGCCACAUCCCACCUUCAGUGA